AUGCCUUUAAUUUUAUUUUCUGGAUACCCAUGUAGUGGGAAAACUACAAAGGCAAAAGAACUAAUAGAAUUAUUAGAAGAGAAGAUAAAAAAUGAACCUGCUUUAAGUAAGUAUAAGAUAGUAUACCAUAGUGAUGAAACUUUAGGUAUCAAACAUGAAAACUACGCUAACUCCCAUGAUGAAAGAAAGCUAAGAUCUGAGAUCAUGUCUGCGGUUAAAAGAGAUUUAUCGAAAACUAAUAUUGUAAUUGUAGAUUCUUUAAAUUAUAUCAAAGGUUUCCGUUAUCAGUUACAUUGUGAAGUUAAAAAUAGCUCUUCAACUUUCUGUUUAAUUCAGACAAUGUGCCCAGUAGAUGUUAUACUAGAAUGGAAUACAAACUCUCCAAAUCCAUGGGAUGAAACUUUGUUAACCCAAUUAAUCCAACGUUAUGAAGAACCAAAUGGUCUAUCACGUUGGGAUUCACCUUUAUUUGCUAUUUUAUCUAACCAGGAUACAGCUAAAGAAUAUUUUAAUGAUAUAUCUAGCGCUAUUUUUACAUCUAGCAAAUCUUUAAAUAAUAGAGAUCCAUUAAGUCGUGCAUUUCAGAAGCCAAACUCUGUUACUUUGUUAAAACCUGCAUCCCAGACUAACUUUAUGCAAAUGCUUGAUAUGGAAACCACUAGAGUUGUAAAAACAAUAAUGAACGAAGUAAAAAUAGCACAAUCAAUUGGCUCGAAAUAUAGCCCUAGAAUUAUUGUUUCCGAAGAUGUUAAAGACAUAAACGAAGAUGGAUGUGUAUAUGUGGAUUUGCCAGUCUCUGGUGUUACAUUGCCAUUAUUACAAAGAUUGAAAAGGCAAUUUAUAAGUUUAAAUAAGGUGAGAGAUAUGGAAAAAGAUAGAAUUGUUCAUUUGUUUGCUGAUUAUUUAACUAAGCAUUUGAAUGAGUAA